UGAAACUUGCAGUACCUGUAGCUGUAAAUCUCUCCUUGUAAUUGGUUCUUCAUCCAGAUGCAAAUGGGAAAGGGCAGCCUUUUUACCAGCAGCUGGUUUCUUUUGCAGAAGAUAACCUGCAGAGUGAGCAGAGCAAGAGGUUUCCAUGGAGUAUGCGAUGGCUCAUCAUCAAAUGGGAGGAAAGCUUCGCUGUCACUGAUAGAAGAACUGGAGAUGGGCAAUAAUGUUCCGAAAGAGCGAGAUAUCUGCAUUUACAAGGUUCCGAACGCCAUGCGCCAGAUGAAGAGCAAGGCGUACGAGCCCAACAUUGUCUCCAUUGGUCCUUAUCACCAUGGAGUAGCAAGCUUGCAAGAAAUGGAAAAGGUUAAACGAAUAUAUUUUCGGCGCCUCUUUGAACCAAACACCGAUGAUGAUAGCAUGCUUUCGGUGAAGGAGACGGCGGAUCCGGAGAUGAUGCAAUUACUAGAUGAUGCGAAGAAGGCAAUGCAGGAAUUGGAGGAGAGAGCGCGGAGAUGCUACUCAGAAGAAUCCGAGCUGAGUAGCGAGGAAUUUGUGAAGAUGAUGCUAAUUGAUGGCUGUUUCAUCAUAGAGUUUCUAAGAGAUGCAUCGCAGCAGGGCUUUGAGCAUACACCUUCCACCGUUGAAAGGUGGAUGUUGCCAAUUAUCCGACAGGAUUUGAUCAAACUUGAAAAUCAGCUCCCGCUGUUUGUUCUUCGCAGAUUAUACGAUAAGCUGAUCAUCACAAAAACCUCUAGUAGUGCUUCAGAUCAUCAGAAACCCAAAUCUUCAGACUUGGAAGCGCUUUCGAUUCGCUUCUUCAAGCCGCUACUACAAGGAAGUGUAGAUCCUGACAAACCUUUACAACAUUUUGCACCAAAACAUGAGGGACAAGGCAAGCACUUUCUUGAUCUUUUCCACCAUAAUAUUUGUCCUGAACAUAAUGAAAAAGAAGUCGAUACUCUCCCACGCAAAGAUAUGAAACACAAUCUAAAGCCACAAGAGAAGCAAACCUUUUGGCACAAACAUCUCAAGCCACAAUGGAAGCAGAUCCUUUGGUACAAAGAUCUGAAGCCACAAGGGAAGCAGACCCAGCUAAUCCUCUCCAUACGGGAGCUGAAAGAGGCUGGAGUUAAGUUCAAGAGGAACAAGAAACCCUGUCGGCCACUAGAUAUCAGUUUCAGCCGUGGAACCUUCGACAUCAGGAGGAAGGUACUUACAAUCCCUGCAAUACACAUUAAUGAUCAUAGAGCACUUUGUUCCGCAACAUGCUUGCAUUUGAGAAAUGCCACCGGUAUUGCCAGCACCAAGAUGUUACAACAUAUUUGUUUUUUCUUGACGGCCUCAUCAACUCCGCCAAGGAUGUCGGGCUUCUGCACUACCACGGCAUCCUCUUCCACUCUCUGGGCAGCAACAGAAGAGUGGCCAAACUUGUCAACAACCUUUGCAAGGAAGUCGUUUCGGACAUGUCCCAGUCCUACUUAUACGAGGUGGUUCGCGAUGUCGAUGCUUACUAUAAUAGUAGAUAUGCAAAAGUAAGAGCCUUCCUGGUGCACCACCAUUUUAGUAGCUGGUUAGUUGGCAUCUCAACCCUUGGUGCAUGCUUAGCUCUUUACCUCGCCGUCGUCCAGACCGUCUGUACAGUUGCCACUGCGAAAGGACAAUUGGGAAGCGACUUCAGUUUAGGAUCCUUUCUCAUAGAUUCUUUACUUCCUAAACAUGUAUCUGGGGGAACAGAUUCUAAGCCUUCUUAGGUUAGAUUAUUUUACAAGUGACAUUUUCUAAAUUAAUUAAUUACGAGAGAAUUCGAGAUUGAGA